UAUCCACCGCAACGGCGGUGCCUCCCAGGCUGGCAUCCUCGCCGUCGGACUGCCCUCCGCGCCUUCCUCUCCAACCGCUUCAUCAAUCUCCGCCACCGCCGCCGGACUACUCCAUCAACGUUUUCCCUCCUUCUAUCCCUAAGUAAAUGGGAUGCUCCCUCACUUUUUGGCGUUUGUUUCCAUUGCGUUGCCGAUCAUCGACUGACAAAGCAGCAAUGAUCAUGAACAAAAUAAAAUGCAUAGAGAUGAUAGCAAUGCCAACGAUAUCACAACAAGAGAAGAACUUUGAACAGCAAAGCGCAUGGUUUCCUAAAAAUGCCACCUUUGCCGACAGGGCUUUUGCACCACUGCAAGAGAGGUUGAGUUUCCAUGAGCUCGAAAUUAAAGAAGUUUGUAGAUGAGAUACGAUGCCAGUAAAUCGGUUACUGUUUUGUGCACCUGCCGAGCAAGCUCGGCAUGGAUGCUUCCUGUGAAAUUGUUCUCUAUUAGCCGAAGGCUGAUCAUCUACAUGAAGUUGCCUAUCUCAGGAGGUAAUGAUCCACACGACUGAUUGGUACUAAAAUCUAUUGCCUAAUAAAUUGUUGCUUUAAACUGUCGAAACCGAUAAAGGUGAGUGAAGAGGUUAGUUCACUCAGCCAUUUAUAUUGUGUGAAGUUUGAUACACAAAGAACAAGAAAAUUCAAUGAAACCAGAAGGUUGUAAAGCACACCAGAUCACCUGGUUACAGUCUAACAUCGCGACAGCAAUUCAAGAGUCCUCACCCCUCAGCCACCGCACUCGAAGAAUACCGAGUUAAGCAACUAAUCCAAGACGACCAAGAUUUACCAGCUGACAGACAAAGAUAAAAUCUAAUAGCACUCUUUCAGCCUGUUCAUCAGCUUCACAAGGCACUUUGACAACCACCUUUCCAGUGAUCGAGUAUCCUUCUGAUCCUUUUUCUUGGUAUGAUAUAUGUUUUACGGCCAAAAUUUCUUCCUCAAUUUGUUAUUAUAAUUUGACUAGCUAUUAUCAAUGAUUGAUCCAUUCUUGUCCUAUAAGAUCAUAUGGGUAACUGAAACAUGCUUAGAUAAUCACAACCUCAAAUGCUUCUUUCUGAAGAUGUAUGUUAGGAAAGUAAAAUCAUUGUUGGUUUAUCUUUCUCAUUCCACUGGGAGGCAUGUGAUGGCUUGAAGAUGUUGAGUAUGGAAGCCUUUGCAAUAUAGAAGUAGUGUUACAUAGUUUAGGACAUGGAUUCAACAGAAUAGUCGAUCAGUGAAUUGGCCCGAUGGUGGAUACUUGUGUUUUCUAGGUUAGUUUUGCUCUAUUCUAGUUUAGAAUGACUAUGUGGUUUGAAUACCACUAAAUGAGGUUAGCAAAAUAUUUGAAGGAAUUAGUCUGAAGGGCUGCACCCCUGAUGCUGUGACAUAUGGUUCUCUAAUUGAUGGUUUAGGCAAGAUGGGUAAGGUUGAUGAAGCUUAUAGGUUGUUUGAGAGGAUGUUGGACGCGGGACACACGCCCAAUUGUGUUGUGUACGCAUCUCUGAUCAGAAACUUCUUCAGGCAUGGCAGAAAAGAGGAUGGCCAUAAGAUCUACAAGGAGAUGAGUAGCCGAAGGUGUCCCCCUGACUUGACUCUUCUAAAUACUUACAUGGAUUGCACCUUCAAGGCAGGCGAAGUUGAAAAGGGCCGUGCCAUAUUUGAGCACAUCAGAGAUUGUGGAUUAUCCCCUGAUACUUAUAGCUAUUCUGCAUUGAUUCAUGGUCUCAUGAAAGCUGGCCAUGCACGUGAAACAUACAAGUUGUUUUACGCCAUGAAAGAUCAAGGUUGUGUGCUAGACAGAUGUGCAUAUAAUGUUGUCCUUGAUGGUUUCUGCAAGGCAGGUAAAGUAGAUAAAGCUUACCAGCUCCUGGAAGAGAUGAAGGCCCAGGGCCAUCCUCCCACCGUGGUUACAUAUGGGACGGUGAUAGAUGGUCUUGCAAAGAUUGAUAGGCUUGAUGAGGCUUACAUGCUAUUUGAAGAAGCAAAAUCACUUGGCAUAGUGUUGAAUGUUGUUGUUUACAGUAGUUUAAUAGAUGGUUUCGGUAAACUAGGGAGGAUUGACAAAGCUUAUCUGAUUAUGGAAGAGAUGAUGCAGAAAGGUCUAACGCCUAACGUGUACACAUGGAAUUGUCUAAUGCAUGCUCUAGUGAAGGCACAGGAGAUAAAUGAAGCGCUUGUUUGUUUUCAGUCGAUGAAAGAAAUGAAGUGCACUCCCAACACCUAUACUUACACCAUUCUUAUAAACGGUUGCUGUCGAGUGCAGAAGUACAACAAGGCUUUUGUAUUCUGGCAAGAAAUGCAGAAAAAUGGUCUGGUUCCUAAUGUGGUCACCUACACAACCAUGAUAUUGGGAUUGUCGAAAUUAGGGAACAUAUCAGAGGCUAGUAAACUCUUUGAGAAGUUCAAGGCUAACGGUGGUAUUCCCGACUCAGUUAGCUUCAAUGCUCUCAUUGAAGGGAUGAGCAAUGCCAAUAGACCGAUGGAUGCUUACAAGGUUUUUGAGGAAACUCGUCUAAGGGGAUGUAAAAUUAAUGCCAAGACUUGUAUGACUCUCCUAGAUGCAUUGAACAAGGCUGAAUGUCUUGAGCAGGCUGCCAUUGUUGGUACUGUCUUGAAGGAGAUGGCAAAAUCCCAGCAUGCUGCUAGAUCAUUGUAGAGUGCACAUUGAUGUGGUAAAAUGAAGUUUAUCCUUGUCCUAAUAAAAGAAUUCCUUCACAAAAGAUACAUUUGUCUUGUUGUACAAGUUGAUGUUCCUGAGAAAACAUUACUUAUGCUCCAACAUAACAAAGAUAGGUUGAGAAUCACAUAUCUGUUGCUA